UACCACAGACAAAGAUACUAAGCCAUUCGUCAGUAGGCGGAUUCUUGACUCAUUGUGGAUGGAAUUCAGUCAUAGAGGCGCUAUGUUUCGGGCGAGUCUUGAUUAUGUUCCCAGUGCUGAAUGAUCAAGGUUUGAAUACUAGGUUGUUGCAACAGAAGGGGGUUGGUGUAGAGAUACCAAGAAAUGAAAAAGAUGGAUCUUUUACUAGUGAUUCAGUGUCUGAAUCUGUGAAGUUUGCUGUGGUGAGUGAAGAGGGUGAGUCCUUGAGAACCAAUGCAAGAAAGAUGAGCAGUUUGUUUGGAGAUAGGAAGAGAAAUGGACAACUUGUAGAUGAUUGUGUUGCUUAUUUGAUGGAAAAUAGGAUAGGCAAAUCUUCUAGGAGAAUGAUAUUUGGCCAAAAAAGAAGAGAAUAAUCUUCAAUAUGUUCACAAUGAUAUAAGUUAAAAUGUAAGAGAGGAUUUUUAGUAAUUUAGUUGCAUGACCAUCUGAACUUUCAUCUGAUUAGUGAUGAUUCGAUUCAUCAUCUUGUGAACGUUCACUUUGAUUAAAGAUGAAAGUCAUUGCAAUCGAGUUUUUUCUUUCCUUAAAUAUCAAAUUGAAUGUCCACCUAAAAUUGUAGCAAAAUGUAUCCUCCUUCCAUCCUAUAGAAAUUUAUAUGACAUUCUUUUUAUUUGAAUGGUU